AUGAAAUUCACUUGCAGGAACAACUUUAUUUAUAAGCCUGUUCUGCUUCUGUUAUGUUUAACCUUCGAUGCUUGUAUCUCCAUGGCGUCUCAUGUUAUCUCUGCAGGCCAAUCUCUUUCUGGGAACCAGACAAUUACCUCUCCAAGUGGCAUUUUUGAGCUGGGUUUCUUCACACCAGGUAACUCUCAAAACUAUUAUAUUGGGAUAUGGUACAAAAAACUACCCCCUCAAACAGUAGUUUGGGUGGCAAACAGAAACCAACCUGUUUCUGAUACAUCGUCUUCAACAUUGCAACUCUUCCAAAAUGGAAACUUAACCCUACUGGUCCAAUCCAAAACUGCAAUUUGGUCAACUCAUUCUAUGUCAACGGUUUCUCAUUCCACUGUAGCAAUGCUACUUGACAGUGGGAACUUUGUCAUAACAGAUGCAUUUAAUUCAUCUGUUGUUAUAUGGCAGAGUUUUGAUCACCCAACUGAUACUUGGCUUCCAGGAGGGAAGCUUGGACAUAAUAAGCUUACGAAAGAAAAACUAAGUCUUACUCCAUGGAGAAACCCACAAAAUCCAGCACCUGGCCUCUUUUCUUUUGAGCUAGAACAAAAUGGAACAAGUUUUUGGUUAUUUUGGAAUGGUUCUAAAACUUAUUGGACCAGUGGAUAUUGGACAGGGAAAAUCUUUAGCCUUGUUCCGGAAACAGCAGCAAAUGAUUAUAUUGAAAAUUUCACUUUUGCUUCAAAUGAAAAAGGAAGCUAUUUCACUUAUGCUUCAGCAUAUAACGAUACCUUUAUUAGAUUCAUGCUUGAAAUUACUGGUCAAAUCAAGUUUUAUGUCUGGGGGAAGGGCUUCACACAAUGGACUCUAAUCUGGAUGCGACCAAUUGAGCAAUGCGAUGCUUAUGCUACCUGUGGUGCUUUUAGUAUCUGCAACCAGCAGAAUGCUUCUCUUUGUGGUUGCCUGCCUGGAUUUGAACCCAAAGUCCCAAAAGUUUGGAAAUUAAAAGAUCACUCAAAUGGCUGUCUGAGGAAAACUCCUUUACAGUGCAAUGAUGUCCGAAAUUCCACAUUUCUGGUGAUGCAUGAUAUUCUCUAUCCUGUGAAUUCUGAGUCUUUGACAGCUGAGAACAUUGAUAAAUGUAGAUUAGCAUGUUUAAGAAAUUGUUCGUGCACUGCUUUUGCUUAUGAUAAUCAGUGUCUGAUUUGGAAAGGAGAUCUGCUCAAUGUAAAGCUACUACCAUCUGAAGGUACGGUAGGAAAAGAUUGGCAUCUCCGAGUUGCAGCAUCUGACAAUGAGUAUCAAAAGAUAGGGUCUACCGUUAAGAUAAAGAGGAAGACUACUUGGAUUGUAAUUGGAGUACUUUUAGGUUUCACCUUUAUCUUGACAGUUGUCAUGAUAUUAGUCAGAAGGAGACAGUCAGCAGGAGCAUUAGAGACAGUUGAUGAUUCUUUAGUGUUGUUCAAGUAUAGAGAUUUAAGAAGAGCAACAAAGAACUUCUCAGAAAAACUUGGGGAAGGAGCUUUUGGUUCUGUCUUCAAGGGGGUAUUGCCUGAUUCAACUGCCAUAGCAGUGAAGGAACUUAAAAGUCUGAACCAGGGAGAGAAGCAAUUCCGCAAUGAAGUGAGAACUAUUGGCUCAAUCCAACACAUGAACCUUGUUCGUCUCUGGGGAUUUUGUGCAGAAGCUUCGAAAAGAAUUUUAGUCUAUGAUUACAUGCCGAAUGGUUCUCUUCAAUCUCUCUUGUUUCAAAAGAAUCCGAUAAUCCUAGAUUGGAAGGCCAGAUAUCAUAUUGCAAUCGGCAUUGCCAGAGGCUUGGCUUAUCUCCAUGAGGAUUGUAGAGAGCGUAUCAUACACUGUGACAUUAAGCCUGAGAACAUUUUGUUGGAUGCAGAAUACAACCCGAAACUGGGAGAUUUUGGUCUUGCAAAACUCAUAGGCAGACAAAAUAGCCGGGUUCUAACAACCAUGAGAGGAACUGUAGGCUAUCUAGCACCAGAAUGGUUUUCAGGUGAAGCCAUCACACCCAAAGCUGAUGUCUUUAGCUAUGGCAUGUUGCUGAUUGAGAUUAUUUCAGGAAGAAGAAAUAGACAAGGGUUAGAUGAGGGAUUAGAGAGUUUCUUUCCAAUCCAGGUUGCAAAUAUAGUAACCAAAGGAGAAGAUGUUGUUACCUUGUUAGAUUACAGAUUGGAAGGGCAAGCAGACAAGGAUGAACUAACCCGGGCAUGCAAAGUCGCUUGUUGGUGCAUUCAAGAUGAUGAGAAGGAUAGGCCAAAAAUGAGGGAGGUUGUUCAAAUUCUUCAGGGAGUUUCAGACGUUGGUAUACCUCUAAUCCCACAGUUCCUCCAGCGCCUUAAUGAGAAUCCAAUAGAAGCCAACAGUAGCCAGGAGACAAUUUGCACUUCAGAUUCAUCGGCAUGAUCUGAUGUCUUUUCUGCAUUCAAUCUGAAAUCAGCAACUGUUGUGUGGAAAAUAAAUAAGAAUGCCCCUUUGGCCCUUUGUGAAAGUUCAAACGAGUAAACUCCGUACCUCCUCACGUUUUUAUUCACACCAGCUACAGAAGAUGUGUAUCAUAACAUAAAUUUUCUUAACCUCUAAUCUCUAU